UUGAAGUGCUGCAGCCGCCGAGGUGCCUCUUCACACCUCGGGCCCGGCAUAAAGCCGGGGCGGCGGCAGCGCCCCGCACAGCGCUCCGCCGCCGCUCCGCCAUGGCCCACGGCCGCACGCUGCCCGCCGCCGCCCCGCCGCAGGACCGGGGCGACCUCCGCACCGCCGGGACCCCCGGGGCACCUCCGGACCCGCUGGGCUACAGCAGCAGCUCCCCCGCGGCAUCGCCCGACUCCUGCGGCCUCGCCUCGCCCGCCGCGGCGCGGGGGCCCUGCCGCGGGCACGGCGCCCCCCGGCCCCGGGGCAGGAAGGGGGCGCGGGGCGGCGGGGCGGGGGUCCCGCGGCAGAGCGCCAGCGAGCGGGAGAAGCUGCGGAUGCGGCGGCUGGCGCAGGCCCUGCUGCGGCUGCGGCACUACCUGCCGCCCGCGCUGGCGCCCGCCGGCCAGACCCUCACCAAGAUCGAGACCCUGCGCCUCGCCACCCGCUACAUCGCCCACCUCUCCGCCCUGCUGGGGCUCGGCCGGGGGGCGCCGGCGCCCCGACACUGUCCCCUCUGCCCGCGGGGCCUGGGCUGCUGCCAGGACACGCAGCCCCGCGCCGCUUCGCCGCCCCGCACCGCGGGCUGGGGGUCGCCUCCCACGGCGGUGAUCCCCCCGCAGCUGCACGGGGCUCCCGGCAUGGGGACGGGGGCCUGGGGGUCGCCCCUCUGCAGCCCGGCUGCAGCGGGCACUGCCCCAGAGGUGCUUGGCGGUCCGGAGAUGGGCUUAGAGACCUGGGGAUCCCCCCCCUACACCCCUGCGGCAGGGACCCUCCCAGAUGUGCCUGGGGGUCUGAACAUCGGAAUGGAGACCUGGGGGUCUCCCUCCUACAUCCCUGCAACCGGGACCCCUCCAGAGGUUCUUGGGGUCUCCAACAUCCAGACGGAGACCUGGGGGCCAGCCCCCUACGUGCCUGCAGUGGGGACCUCCUCAGAGCUGAACACGGCUGUCACCUCCACUGCGUCCCCCUGGCUGACCCCUCCCCACUCUGCAGGGGCUGUGUCCCCCCCGGAGCUCCCUGGUGAUGUCCUGGACGUGGGCCUGGUGCUGUCAGAGUUCGUGGGCACAGGGACAGUCACCCAGGAUCUCUCUGCGGACCUGCUCUCGCUGCUGGAGGCUCUGUUCCCUGCACCGCCCCGGCACUGACCCGGGCGAGGCCCGGAGCACCACGAUGCCCGUCUGGAGCCCUGCAGCCCGGGGACACAGCGGCCCUCGGGACAGCUGCAGGAACAAGCUGCCCCUCGGAGCCUGGAGCCGUGCUGGCCGCGCCGGGUGCCGUGCUGCUCUGAGCUGGAUGUGAAUAAACCCUCGUGCCCUC